AUGAGAAGAACCAGCUCCCAAGAAGGGAGCCAAGAAAGCCUUAAAGAAACUGACAGCAAAGGGUCGCAAGAAGUGGAGAAGGUCGAAAAGGAGAGUUACUCCAUCUACAUCCACAAAAUAAUGAAGCAGGUUCACCCCGACACUGGCAUCUCCUCCAAGACCAUGAGCAUCAUGAACACAUUCAUGGAUGAUAUUUUUGAGCGCAUCACGGGUGAGGCUUCCUGCCUGGCCCAUUACAGCAAGCACAGCACCAUCAGCUCCCGGGAGAUCCAGACCACAGUGUGCCUGCUGCUGCCCAGGGAACUGACCAAGCAUGCUGUGUUAGAAGGGACAAAAGCGGUGUCCAAGUACACCAGCUCCAAGUAA